AUGUUCAUCGAUGUUCAAAGAUUGAUCGAGAGAGAAGAAAUCGAUAGAGGGGAUGAAUUCGUAGCUCGAGGCGUUAACGAGGGUUUAGCCUGGGUGAUCAGAGUGCAGCUAGUGAGAUGUCAAGGAAAUGGUGGUGGUGGUGGUGGUGGUGGUGGUCCAAGUACUUUCGGAUACGACGCAUCAUCAGCGUGCAGCAAACCAUAUUCGCGUGCAGGACGUACAAUUGCAUUUGCAAUCGUUAAUCUUCCAUGUGACUUUCGCCGGCAAAGCUGGUGUACAAUCGCUGGUAGCUCUUAUCCCUGGCACGCCGUACGUCGUUUUGUACAAGAAAAUCAAGGUCUGAUGAGACGUAUGUACGGCGAUGAAAAAUAUAUAAACGUUUUGAAGGCAGAAUUUGAGAAGAACGAUAUUGAAUUAAAGUAUGACGAUUACUAUCAUCAUUUCUCCGAUGACUCUAGGGGAUAUCAAUACGAGGAUGAGUUUGAUCCGAUAGAAGACGAAGAGAGGAUUUUAAGAGUCGACGACGAAGAAUAUGGAGGUCGUAGUUUCACUAGUAGAUCCUUCAACGAUCCUACAACCAAGAGAUUUGGUAAAUUUCCAAAAUUGAACGAAUACAACAGAUUGAGAGCGACCGAUAGUUCCUCCACUAGUAAAACAACAAUGGUAACUUCUUCAGCGACUAGUACGACAACGUCAUCGAGUACGAUAGUAUCUUCCAUGGGAUCUACGACUACACCGGUAACCUCGACUAUGGUUGCCUCAACAAUAGCUUCGUCAUCUAGCGUUGAUGUUACUACGAAAGAGAUCGACAGUACACAAUCAACGACACUUCAAAAAGUAGACAACGAAGUGGAAGAGAAGAACGAAACAGUUACACACUCGCAAAUCGUUCGCGAGCAGAAUUUAAGCAUCAACGAGAUAUCCGGACAAGUUGAUAGAAUAGAUGAGAAGAUCGAUGAAAAAGUUAAGGAGAAGUUGGAAGAGCCAGCGGAACAAACGGAAGUACCGGAAUUGGACAUCGAGGAUGAUUCGAAUAUUGAGAGUUUGGAUGCGCCAACUUCGUCAACGGUUUUCACUGAAGAUUCCUUCGACGUAGGCAAAGAGACGACUAUUCACGAGACCUUUGUCAGCGACGAUCAACAGAAAUUCAGACCGCGUCCAGAAUAUAGACCGUCGACGAGACCAGCAACGGUGAAUAUGGAAGGUCAGCUUUAUCAGGACGUUGCUGCGAAGGAUCAGCAACAGGAACAACCUGUUUUGAAACUCCGUGGAGUAAAUGCUUGUCCUGUAAAAGAAGAAGUGGUAGCACCAUUCUGGGCUAAUAAUACCAGAGGCGAGGUACUUGCUCUGCUUAAUCUUUAUCCUUUUGAACAAUACGUCCAUUGGGAGAAGUGCACACACGAAAACAAGCAGAUGUACUGCAGGGAUGGAUGCAGAUGCGAACAGCAGUAUAGACUUCAUAGACUCUUAGCUUACGAUCCCAAUAACGAGUGUCGUGGCAUAUUCAGCGAUUGGUUCAAGUUUCCAAGUUGUUGUGUUUGUCGCUGUUACGACUUGCCUCUUGAAUUUCGGGUUACGUCGCGAUCGCCUCGCACUCAAAAACAAAGGCUGAGGGUGCAGCCACCUCGUUCUAGAUUCUCCUAAUAUUAAAUGACAGAAAAUAUACAUAGUGAGUCAUCGAAAAAGGUAUACAACGAAGUUUAGGUAUUGUAUAUCGUUUCACUACGAAAUCGAUUUUUAUAACAAAUUAAACGUAAAAGACUGUUUUAAUAAGAAAAGUAAGAAAAAGUGAAGCAGUUUGUUUUGUUGGUUCACAUAAUGAUGCACCCUGUAUAAAAAAAAAUAUAUAUAUGAUAUAUGAUAUAUAUAUAUAUUAUAUUCAUACACAUAUAUAAACGCACAAAAUUUGCAUAUACCUUAGCAGCGCUCUUGUAUAAAAAUUUAGAUUUAUUCGCGCACGCAAAUAACGAAAGUACUUGAUUUAUUUGUACUCUCGAUAAAGACAAAUAAGAUAAUGAUUUACUAUUAACUAACUUGUAAUUAUUAACUAUUAACGUAAUUAUUUAAUCAUAAUUAAUACCAAAAUAAGUACAAGCGUACAAUACGA